AUGGAUUCCGAUAUGGAACAUGCAGAUAAUGAGUAUGACGAGGUAGAAGUUGAUAAUGAGCAAAAAUGUGCUGAAAUAGUCGAUGAAUCUAAGGUCGGAAUGACAUUUUCAUCUGCAGAAAAAGUUGUCUUACCAUAUGAAGUAUGGGAGAAGGAGUGUCGAAAUUAUAUUGACAAAGCAAAACAACUUUUUCUCAAGAUUGGAGACGCUCGAAAUAGAGCUAUGUAUGAAUCAUUUGGAGAUGUGAUUAUAUUUGACACAACAUACCUAACUAAUACCUACAAGAUGCCCUUUGCACCAUUUGUGGGUGUGAAUCACCAUGGUCAUUCAAUUCUAUUCGGGUGCGGAUUGAUAUCCAAUAAAGAUGCAAAUACCUUUGAAUGA